CUGGGCUUCUACCAGGCUUUAAAAGGGUAUCGAAGGCCCGGUAUUCUUGUCCAACUUCAAUUUCUUUCCAUCCAGCCCUCUCUCGACCGCUGCACUCGCACAUCGCCUGCAUCCCGUCUCUUAUCAGUCUCAUUCGUCCAGAGCUUCUACAUAUUCCUCAUCCUCAUCAGAUCUCUCGUUACCAAGUCGCAAUGUCUUCCUACGUGUCUGCUGCUCGCUACGGCAAGGACAAUGUCCGCCUGUACAAGGUACACCGGGAUGAAAAGACCGGUGUGCAGACAGUGGUCGAGAUGACCGUCCGUGUCCUGCUGGAGGGAGAUAUCGAGACAUCCUACACAAAGGCUGACAACAGCGUCGUCGUCGCCACCGAUUCUAUCAAAAACACCAUCUACAUUCUCGCAAAGCAGAACCCAGUAACUCCCCCGGAGCUCUUCGGUUCCAUCCUCGGCACCCACUUCAUCCAGAAAUACGACCACAUCCACGUUGCGCACGUUAACAUCAUCACCCACCGCUGGACCCGUCUGAACAUCGACGGCAAGCCGCACCCACACUCUUUCUACCGGGACAGCGAGGAAACCCGAGACGUGCAGGUGGAUGUGACCGAGGGCAAGGGUAUUGACAUCAACACGGCCAUCCAUGGCCUUACAGUUCUUAAGAGCACCAACUCCCAGUUCUGGGGCUUCGUCCGUGAUGAGUACACCACUCUCGCCGAAACAUGGGAUCGCAUUCUCAGCACCGAUGUCGACGCCAAUUGGCAAUUCAAGCGCUUCAGCAAUCUUGAUGAAGUCAAGGCCAACAUUCCCAAGUUCGACGCUACCUGGGCUGCUGCUCGUGAUAUCACUCUUAAGACCUUCGCUGAGGACAACAGUGCCAGUGUGCAGAAUACCAUGUACAAGAUGGCCGACCAGAUCUUGGCUUUCCAGCCCUUGGUCGAGACGGUGGAAUACUCUCUGCCCAACAAGCACUACUUUGAACUCGACUUGAGCUGGCACAAGGGGCUCAAGAACACCGGCAAGGACGCUGAAGUGUACGUUCCGCAAACAAACCCGAACGGCCUGAUCAAGUGCACGGUGGCACGUUCAAGCCAGAAGGCCAAGCUGUAAUGGCCCAUUCAAAAUAAUGCAUUUUAAUGUCAACAUUCUUUUUGGAAACGCUUCUGUCAUGAAUUGAAAUUUUUGGAUCACAUGGAGUGGAACUAGAAGAAUACCUGUAUAUAAUUGUUGCUAGGCAUCCAUCCAAAAAAUUUUU